AUGUCAAGUCCACGACCAUCCAAGCGGCGACGCAUAUACCGUGCUUGUGACCAAUGCCGACGACGUAAAUCAAAGUGUGAUGGGGAACAACCGAUAUGCUCCAUCUGCAGCUCCGCAGGCCGAGAUUGUACCUAUCAAACUGGCGGAGGCCGACGAGGACUUGCCCCUGGAUAUGUCCGAAGCCUGGAAAUAAUCCUUGGGCUUGUUUGUCAAAAUGUACCCAAUACCGAAGCAACAAUUCAUGGCAUCCUGUUUGACCCACCGGGCAAGAACUUUUUUCGGAGCAGGCAGGCAAAUAAUGCCUUGAACGCCUGGAGGAACUCCAAGUUGUCCAAAAAUGUAUCUCAUCUACUUUCGCCGAAUGAGGACAUCAAUGAUGAUCUGGAUUGGGAACCCUCGGAGGACAAAGACGAAGAUGAACGCAUGGAUGAUGAGCCAAAUUCUCAACUUGAAGUCAUCGAGACUGUUGAAGUCAACGAGACUACACAGUCUGCACUACCUCGGUCAGAGCAAGUACAAGCGCCUAUACUUCAACAAUCAAAUCCGUUCAAUAUUCAAGUUCCAGAAAACACACCUAACUUGCUGGAUUUUUACUUCACAUACACGCAUUGUUGGUUCCCAAUUGUUGAACGUCGGGAACUACUUCGGGCUAUGCACCUUGGCCCUGGGCUUGCAGCAUCAGGAACGUCUUCGUCGCUGAUAUUGUUGUGGUCUGUCAUUUUAUACUCAUCAAUUAUGAGCAAUACGAACAUUCCAGGUCUGCCGACUCCCGCAAUAAUUCAACUUUCCAUCCAGCAACAAGCACUAGCCAAUUGGGAAAGCCUCGAGCUAGGCCACAUUCAAGCAAUGCUAAUGCUUACUUUAAUACAUAUUGCCGCCAGCAAUGUUUGUCUUGCGUGGAGCUUGGUCGGGCAAGCAACGAGAAUGCUCUUAACAUUUUCCCCGGCUGCAAAGAAGCAUCGAUUCACCCAUACAUUCAACGGAGCCGUCUUCCUAGAAAAUAUCCUGUCCGCCACGCUUGGAAAGACACCUGGUCUCCCACAACAUGAGCAAUCAAAACCAGGGCCAGUCGAGGAGGAUGAUGUAGAUGAAUGGGAUGUGUGGACCGCAUCUCGUGCCAGUGUCAAUGGCAAUCGCAAAGCUCCGGCCCCUUUGCGGGCGCUGAGCACCUUCAACGCUAUCCGAAACAUCAUGACCUAUCUCUCUCAAAUUUUAUCUCAGCCUGUUGAUUUGAUUAAUACAAACGAGCUGCUUCAUCAAAUUACAAUGCAAACCCGACCCUACCGCAAACAGGAUGAUGCCCAUCCACCUGCCUCAAUUCUACAUCUAACUUCCACAUUCACAAUUCUUACAUUGAUUCGCAGAGGCGAACAAAUUUUACCUGAUAUCGUGGAGCUGUGCAUCAAUAAUGUUCAUCUUCUUCUUGAUUUACUGGAUCAUUACCAAGAGAUCAUUGGUGAAGUACGCCCAUCUCCACUGGUUUACUGCUUUGCUCUCCAAUGCCAAUAUUGUGUCAGUCUCGUCGCCGCAGCGUCAGACAGCAACGACAGAGAAAAUAUUAACAGACGACUUAUGAACUUUUUGCAACCUAUUCAAUCACCCAGUGUUCAAACAAGCUCCAAUCAUCUUCAUCAGCCCCUCGUCUCGAAUUACGUAGGCCAUGAAGAUUUGCUUCACGGAGUGGCCGCGAAUACUUCACAACCUCUUGUCAAUGAAUCGAUCAAUCUACAGGUGACUGAUAAUUCAGCCAUGGAAAUAUCAAUGCCUCCCCCAAGUCAGGAUAUCAGUACUGUUCCUGUCGGAUUAGAGGGAUACGAUGCCUUAUUUGAGGAAAUAGUCUCAUCCUUUCCCUCAAGCAGACAAGAGCCUGUAUUUGCACAUAAUCUUGGUUUCUAUGAUGGAGACCUGGACACAGACUUCCUAGCCCAUCUCCAACACCCACCGGCAAGCUGA